GAGAACCUUUCCGGCUUUCGCUCAUCCGGAGUUGGGCCGGGAUUUGCUUAUAAGCACAGCACCAGUUACCCUUUCUCAUCAUUCCCCAACUUGCUUCUUACCAAAAUGGCACCAUCGAUCAAGGUCGGCGACACCCUCCCCCAAGGCACUUUCGGCUACAUCCCAUGGAGCGAUGCGCUCAAAGACAACCUAGCUUGCGGAGUCCCCAGCAAACUCAACACUGAUGAGUGGAAGGGCAAGAAGGUCGUCCUCUUCUCCGUUCCCGGCGCAUUCACGCCCACCUGCCACACCAACCAUCUACCCCCGUACCUCCAGAAGUACGACGAGUUCAAGGCCAAAGGCGUCGAUGUCAUCGCUGUUGUCGCUGCCAACGACCUGUUCGUCAUGAGUGGCUGGGGACGCUUCGAGGGUCUUGAAGAUAAGAUUCUCACUCUUUCUGACACUGAUGCUACUUGGUCUGCCUCGCUUGGCCUGUCCCUUGACCUCUCUGGCCAUGGUCUCGGUACCCGCACCGCUCGCUAUGCCCUGAUCAUCGACGAUCUGGUCGUCAAAUACGUCGAGGUAGAAGCCGGUCCGGGUGUAACUGUUUCUGGCGCCGAGGCUGUCCUGGCGAAACUGUAA